AUGCACCUAUCCGUGGUUGUGCCCCUGGUCGCCUUGGCCCUCAUUGCCUAUGCUGUUAAUGCCCAACAGUAUGAUGAUGCAUCAUCGGCUGAUGAGGACUUCUCCCUCGAGAAGCGGGCGGCGAUGCGGAACGCCCUGGUGCGAUUUGGUCGAGCCGCACCCAGUGGUGGGAUGAGGAACGCGUUGGUUAGAUUCGGAAAACGCUCCGCACCCAACACCGUCCAGGACAAGCGAAAUGGACAACCCCAGCCGUUUGUGCGCUUCGGGCGCGCCUCCAGUACGCCAACAACUAAACGAAGCAACCUUUUUCGCUCCUCAGCUCCUCUCCUCAGCUCCAUCAUUCGGUCCCCCGUGCCACCAAAGAAUAUCUGUCCCUUCUCCCCCUUUUCCCCAAAUUGUCGGAGAUCA